AUGCUGACAGAUACGGGCCUUGCCUUGCUGCCAAUAGUCAUGCUCUGGCGUGUCCAGACAUGCCAUCGCAUCAGGAUGCGUAUCGUGGUGCUGUUCGGAAGCCGGAUACUUGUCCCUGUCUUAGUGCUGCCCUCCCUGAUGACCGGCGGGGGGUUCCUACACUUCUACAAAGACCGGACGUGGAAGGCCGUGGCGCCGAUGAUAUGGCUCCAGAUAUCCGUCAACAUGUCGCUCUUCAUCGCUUGUGUACCGAGCCUGAGGGGCGUCAUCGACAGCAUCCUCGUGUCGACCACCGCCGGCGCGAUACAGGCACCCUACCACCUCACCCGCACCGGCGGCGGGUUCGGCGUCCACGCGACGGCCAUCCCCCUGCAGCACGUGGACUCGUCGGGGCACCUCCGGGGCUCCGAGGUGCAGUUCCCGCCCCUCAACAUCUACACCACGGGCAGCAGCUCCCGGGACAACCAGGGGUGGGACCGGCCCGGCCGACCGUACGGUACGGAAGUUUCCAGGAGCCCGAAUAGCCGCGGAGGGCCAGGCGGGUUGGUCUUGGAGUCGCUAUCAAGUUCGCGCGGAUCCAGCACCCGCGAGCCGGAAGGUUCCAGGAGCACGUUCAGGAACUGGAGGACAACCAGGAAUUGCAGGAAUAUACGAAAUGCAUAG